AGCUUCGCUUCUAUUCUUGCUUCCGACCUCUUCAGGCGUUGUCUCGUUUCCAUUUCUUUUUUAUUACCAUCCCCUAUACAACCUUUCAUUACUUCUUGAAAUCAUGCCUCCGAGUGCCUUCAGGCCAAUGAAACCUGGCUGGACCGCCGUGGCUGAUGCACUAGCUGAGGCUCAACGGAACGAACCGUUGAAUCCCGUCGAACACACUCCUCACUCUCAAAUCGACCCAGGCGACAACGCGUUUCUAUACCAAUUUGUGCCCGUCCAGGUAGCAGCGAAACAAUUCGCCCAGCGCGGGUUGCUUGAGACUGCCGUUACCAAAUACAAGGAAGCCAUACCGAUUCUUGUGGGAAAUGGCUUUGAGGUUCCUUUACCGACCGUUUCUGGAGGCGGCUUAUACUCAGAAAAAUAUGUGGAGAUGCCAUUAUUCAAGCGGACCGCUCUUAUGCAAGCUUGUAAUGACAUUGGCCAGUUUUUCAUGAAGACGGGCGACGAUGAAGAGGCCCUACGCUGGUUUCUGGAGGUGUCCAUAAUCUACAAAAAUGCACAUCUUCAUGACAAAAACGAAGUCCUCUUCGACUGGUUUGACAUCAAUAUACCUCUGGAUCUUGUCUAUCUCGAACGAAUCAAAGCGCUAGUUUUUGCUUCUAAUGUCUUCUUGAAGUUAGGAAACACGAGUAUGGGUGCACACCGUCGAGCCGAAUGUACCAAGAUCGUGUUUGGGUCACCUCCGGGGUUCAAUAUCAAAUGUCUCGAGGGUAUGGAUUGGAAAAAUUGUCUAGAGCGUCUACCGACUUUGCGUCAUCCCGAUCCGAAACUCAGUCUCAAUCUCAAUAUACAGUGCAAAGAACUCCAGGCGAUGGGUUCUUGGUUGAAGAUCCAAAUACCUAGUGAUAAGAAUAUUCAGCGUCGAUCAGACUUUGCAAGUUUCGUGUGGAACGGCAGAUAUUACGUCGCGGGUGGCGAGAAGUCUAUGGGAGGACCGUUCUUCCGGGAUAUUCGCUAUAUCGUUCUAUCGGACCUGGAGGCUGGUUGGCACUUCCAUCUUCCCUCCUAUCCUAUUCGAAAGUCCAUGGGCGGACGAAUGUCUAACUGGAGUAUUUGUGUCGACGAUAAUAAGGCAUAUAUCUUCAACGGUAGUCCUGUGGUCGACUAUUUUGAUCUCGUCGCCGAGCAAUGGUCCUCCAUCAAAACUAAGUUUCCAGCUUCGUUAAAUGGUCCCCAUGGUCCCUGGCCUGUUGAGGAUCUACAGGAUUACUCAAUGGUAGCAUACGACGGGAAGCUUUAUGUCUUCGGUGGAACGUACGAGAGAUGUGAGGUUGGUCAGAACACCCUCUUGGAGCUCGACCUGAAGACCCACGGAUGGCGUCGACUGAGUGGUUAUCCUGGCCCUAAGCUGACUGCGGAAUAUACCUGUCCUGGUCCCAGACGAUACGCUUCGAUGUGGGUGGACAAGAGAGUGUCGGGAGGGGAGAAAAUUUAUCUGUUGUAUGGUGAUGCCGACCGAGUAAGUGCGAAGCAGGGUGGACAGGUGUAUGGCGCAUCUGGGUGUUAUGCGUAUGAUGAUCUCUGGAGUUGGGAUAUCCGAAAGGAGGUUUGGCGAAGAGAGCGUAUUGACGGCAACCCACCUUGUCCUCGAUCUGAGAUGGGGUGCACCUUUAACGAAAAGCUAGGAAUGACCAUCCUUUUUGGUGGCUACAGUCCGACUCUCGAAACUUAUCUGCCAGAACAGAAAAAGUGUCAUUCGUUCACCUACUUUGGAGAUACAUUUCUCUACAUCCCGCCUUCGUCUUCUCCUUCGCCCUCAUCGGAAAGACCUAAAUUCAAACAAGUCAUCACAAGAGGAUUUCCAACGUAUCGCGCAGGCGCACAUCUGUUCACAGAUCCUGCAACUGGGAAAGUAUACCUGUUUGGCGGAUAUACCAACUCACAACUUAUACCUGAACCGCGAGAUGAUGCUAUGCGGAGUUACGCUGAUUUGUGGCAACUUAGACUGGAUGUUCCUGGUGGACAUUUCGAAGAUGCGAAUCUAGAGGAGGAUGCUAGAACGGCCAGAGUGGGCCCUUGGCAGAGAUGCUUCAAUUGUGGAAAUGCCGGUCCUUGGAAGAAAUGUGGUGGUAUGUUCGUCUGGCUUCAGCUCGUUGAUGAAAUUGAUAUUCAUUCCUUUUCGCUUCAUUAGGGUCAUGCAAAGGCCGUGCAUUCUUUUGCGACUCGCAGUGUCUGAAAGAUGGCUGGAAGGAGCACAGAUCGAUGCAUAAUUGUAGGAAGAAGUGAAAUGUCUUUGGUCUACCUUGUGUCUCUCAGCCAUCUUCAUUUAGCCUCCUUUUUACCUUGCGAGUUCGGACUGGAGUUUCAAUCGCUGAAUAGUACAUGGAAUACGUCAGACUGCUUACUUGAUGCUUCUUAUCAGCAACAGCGUGUCGUGCCAACCAUUGAACUAACUUCAAUAUCAUUUGUGCCGCUUUCUUUUAUCAGGCGAAUGCAAUCGCGUGCAGCUGUU